GCUCCUCUACACCACUCGGCUAGAGACUGUCACCGCGCAGAAUGACCUGCCCUCGUGGCGAACCACAACAAUUUGUUUUCCCCUGAUUAUAUUUUUGGACAUCAUGAAAAUAACGUCAAUUUGUGCAUAGAAAGAAAAGUGUUUGAGGUAUCAAGAAAUAAGGACUCUUCAGAGAAGAGAAGCGGGUAGAGUAGUACUUAAAUCACAUUUACCAAGGUAAGUGAAUAUUGGGGCACUUGGGCAGUGUAUUUUUAUCAUAUGCUAUUAAAGGUAUGGAUAUUAUGUCUGGAAAUAUGUAUAUUAAGUAAAUUCAUGACUGAAAUAAAAAUGCAAGGUGUUCAAAGGUGUGCUGCUAAUUGAAAUAUUGUCAGUGCAUUUGGGAUAUUGAUAGAUUGUAAUGCUUAGUGUACUGCUUCUGAAAUUGUAAACUGAUGGAAAUAUUUAGGGUUGCACACAUGAUAUGUCAGAGGUUAUUGUAGACAUCAUGUGUGUGUCACAUACAGCCCUACAGAAAACCCUCACAAAGCUCAAGCUGUCAAGCACAAUAGUAAACAGAGACAGUUGUCACUAGCUCUAAAGCAUAAAUGUCACAGUCUUCUCAGACUCGUCUUUGCAUCUCUGGUUCACUUUUGUCUGUCUAUUAAAAUGGGGACAUAGCCUAUCUCUAUUGGUCUCUCGCUCUCUCUGCAUUGCUCCAUCUCGCUCUGGAUUUUUUGGUUGUUGAAAUAUAUUCUGAAAUCUAUAUAGUUUCCAUUGUACGCCACUUUCAAAGGUGGAGAAACUCUGUUCCAUUCUCUCCCACCGUCAUAAGUAUUCUCCAGUGACAUUUCCUCUCUCACAGUAGUGGAGAUGAUGCAGUCAGCCUGGUCCUUAAGCACUGAGAUUAGUGAAGAUGCAAAUGCAAUUUUCAGCAUGGGUUGACAAUGGUCUUGAUUGAUAAUCAAUUUAGUAAUCUAGAUAGUAGUAAUCUAUGCAUAUUUCUCACAGUUUAUGUGUUGAUUUAGCACGGACCGUUUGAAGAUGUAGCAUUAUUACUGGCACAAGAGACGAUUUCAUAUUUUUUCCAUCUGAAUGAAUGUUCUGAAAAAAGUUUGCUCAAGGGGCACCUGAGGGGGUCUUUAGGUUUGCAGACAACCAGCCCUGUAUUGAUCUGUGGGGAGGCCACUUCCUCUGCCACACUGAACACAGACAGGAAAACAACAUGACACUGAGGGUGGUGACCUGGAUCUGUAAGUCACAGAUAGUCAGGUGUUGCUGAGUCUUUUAGGUUGCCUACUGUAUUUAAUUCAGUUUUCAGUAUGUGAUUAUAUAAUUGCGUAUUCAGUGACGGACAUGGAAAUAAUUGUAACUAAUAGGGUAAAGUAUCAAAGAUUUUAUUUGAACUUCUAUACGCAUACAGUAUGUGGCAUUGUUUUUUUACAUUCCAAUCACUGACAGUUCUAGGCUUCCUUAAACUCGCAGUGUCUGCCUCUCCUCUGUAGCCACUUAGUUAUAUCCAAUAGCAGUGUUUCCCCUAUAUUCAUUUAGCAGCAUCCAUUUAAAAGCGAGAUGCACUUUUAAAUGGAUAGUCUUUGGCUCAAUGACUGGAAGUCUAUGGGAACAGCUAAUGCUAGUAGCAAUGCACCCCCCACCCCCCACCCCCCACCCCGCUACCCUUGCCAUCACUGCUGAAAAAAUUCCUAGGGGAAACACUGAAUAGUAUUGCCCCCAUUUCCCUCUACCCCACAAAUAUGCUUAUUGUACCCUGGGAAAGCAAAUGCUCAAUUUCUGCCACUUCUCAGCAUACACCAGGGCAGACAGGUAAUUAGAGUGUUAGAGUAAAUGACCAUGUACGUUGUGUUUACUGUGCUAUUAGGGUGAGUGAGGCACAGUUUCCAGUUUGAGCAAAAGGGGUUGUUGGUGUGUGUGUGUCUGUGUGUGUGUGUGUGUUUGGAUUGUCGAUCUCUCUGUUUGUAUAAGGAUAAGGAUGAUUAUGCUGUUGAUUUGGUAACAAUACAAGUUUUCCAUUACAUCAUCAGCCUUCAGAAGUGAACAAAUAUAAUGUGGUUAUUAUGCUAAAAAUGGCCCUUACGGUGAGGGUAUAUAUGGCCAAAGCUUUGCCUUAGGUGUGAAGAGUGUUUUAGUCACUCCAGUGACUGUAAUGUUGGAUGGACUGAUCCUGAGGGGCUGUUUGGGGAUAUUGGGUGAGUUAUCCCCCUUUUUACUUUAGGUAUGUGAGCAAGACUAUGCUGAUGUCUUCUGUAUAAUAUCUUUACGGAUACCAAAACAACAUUUAACUGUUUACAUUAUACAAGCGAUUGAGAAUAUGAUACUUUACUUUUGCGCACUUGCUUGCGAAUACAUAGAUCCAUGAAGAUUGAUUAUGAUUUGGUUGGCAGUGUGUGAUGUGUGUGUUUAUGUUACGGGACACUUCUGUAUGCUCCCAUUGUACACUUUUGUCUUUUGUUUUGGUUGAAGCUAGUUAUUGGUAAUGGAAAUACCAUUAGAUGGAAAGAGCUUCAUAGAGAGCCUCAUCUACGGUGCUGACAUAAAAAAAAGUCCAUUAACCAUAUCAGAAAAUGACAAUGUAGGUAUAUAAUCAUUUUGGUUUUAUUCGUAUAUUCAGUGGGUUUAUUAUAACCUUACAAUUCGUUACUUAAAUUGGUAAAACAUAUGCAGUUGCACAUCUGUGAUCUGUAGGGAAUAUAACCAAUUUCCUGGUUCCACCAGCAGUGGAAGGAGGGUCUUCCACAAUGGCACAUCAGUAUCUUAGCAACAAGAGCUCUCACCAUACUCGUCAUGUCCUUACAAAUUACGUUACCUGUGUAUGAAUGUUUGACAGAGUACAGCGCUCAUUAGUUAUUCUCUCAUAUGACACAUGACGGACCCCCGUCCUAGAUAAAUUAUUCUUUGUGUGGCCCUGACCUUUGUUUUUCCUGCAGCUGAAUUGAUUCAGACAACUCUCUGGAUACUGCACAUGGAUAAAAUAACAUUUUUAUGUUCUAUUGAAUAUGGAAUAUGAUAAUGUAUGAUAGGUCUCAAAUGUUCUGUCAUAACCGCCCUGCAUUAAGCAUCCACAUGUUUUUGUGAAUCUCUCUACCUUAUGUUGAACCUAUGAGUCUCUACAGAACGCUCAAUGCUACAGUAAUGUCAAUCAUAGUGCUGUUUCUCUGUUCUGUGUAUGUUCCCAGGCUGUGGGAAGGCUGACACCCCUGCCGGCAUGGCCUACACGCUAGGCACGGGGCCCGACUCUGGGCCAACCAUGGGUCCCCAGCACUGCGUCACCAGGGUGGAGCUGUCUGUGUGCUGCGGCAACCUGCUGGACAGAGAUGUGACCUCCAAGUCCGACCCCUUCUGUGUGCUAUUCAAUGAGGUGGACAGCAACUGGGUUGAGGUGAGGAGGGGAGGGGGUGGACAUGGGUGGAAAAGGGUGAAGGUAUAAUGAUUAAUGGCAAGAUGAGGGAAAUGGUUGCUGGAAAAGUGGAAGGAAUGGGUGACUGACUGGAGGGGUAGUAUAAACGGCAAAAAGAGGAAGAAUUUGUGGUUACGAUGAAAGUUGGACCAAAGAUGAUACUGAGAGAUGCUAAAAGAGAGAGAGAGUUAAACAUCAAAAGCAAACCACUUGAGAGGGUGAAAUAAACAUUACAAAGAAAUUCCCUCUCACGUUGCAUGCUCUCAAUGCUUUAUCAAUUGAUACUAGUCAAGUUCGCAAUAACACUGAGUGUUCUGUAUAAACCAGGGAAAUGGUGGAAUAUCAAUAUACUAUGGCGAAACAUUAAUCCAGAGCUGUCUUUAAAGCCGUGGUGCCUUGAAGAGUGGGUUUCCACUAGAUAACACAGGUACAAAGUCAAAAUUGGCUAUAUUGUAAAUAUUCUUAAUUUAAGGUUAGGAUUAGGCAUGUUAGCAGUGUGGUUAAGGUUAAGGUCAGGGUUAGCUUUAAAAUCACAUUAUAAGAAGAUCAAUUGUAAAAAAAAUAGGCAGGGCUUAUGACUUUGUGUGUGCUCCGGGUACCCUCUCAGUGCCAGGGAAAAACAUGCCUGCCUGCCUGCCUGCCUGGGUAGUGUUGUGUUGAAGCAGGCUGAGUGUGUUCCUGCAGGCCUGAGCUGUCGGUCAACAGGGCAGGCUCCAACAUGAAACCAGCAUAGCAGUUGCUGCAGUAACCAUGGAAACGUGAAUGGAAACAAAGGAAUCAUGAUGUUCUUGAUGCGUGGAAAGAGAAAUGAGGAAUGGAACUUACAGGCAAACAGGGGAAGGGACAUGGAAUAUACACAGUGGGUUUUGAAAACGGGUAGCCUAUGUGUAAAAAGUACCUCGGAGGCUGUGUGCUAUUCCAGAGGUGUAAAAUGCCCUCUCUUUAUAUUCACUGAGCAUAAUAGUAAUCCUCACAAUGGUUUCUCUUUGGAUCAUGAUGAAAGCUACAGCAUAUGAAGCACACAACUAUACACACACAGCCAAAAAACACACAGAAGAGCAGGCAUAGAGAAGUGAAGGGUUUUUAAAGUGAAGGGUUUUCCUCCCUGUCCAUCUAGGCGUGAGAGAAGGGUUCACUCUGGGUGGAGGAGCCAUCUGUUCUCUGGGGGUAAAGAGGGAAGUGUGAUAACACAGAAAAGGGAGGGGGGUAACAAUCAGAAGGAGAGACACAGAGACUAGGAGUUCCAGUCAAACAGACAGAGCAGCGAAGAAACAUAUACAGUCUGCUCCACUCUAGCCUCAGAGAUGGGAGAACACAAGGGGGUGAUGAGUAUGUGUACAUCUUCUAUCAGUGUGAGUCAGACAUACACUGUGUUAGUCACCACCACCUGGAUUUAUCUUUCACAUGAACAAGACCUUAUCAACCUUACACACCCCCACAUGUCCACCCUCCACCUCCGCUGUGUGUGCGUGGUGGUUGCGUGUUUGUGUGUGAGUACAGUACUUGUUUGAGAAAAACAUACUGUAUUCCUGUGUAUUAUUUUCAGAUCGGUCGAACAGAGACUGCGGUGAAUAACCUGAAUCCAGUGUUUGGGGUGAAGUUUAAGGUGGACUACCAUUUUGAGGAGAUCCAGAAGCUCAAGUUUGCCUUGUUUGAUGAGGACAAGUGCAGCAGCCAGCUGUAUGAGCAUGACUUCCUAGGAGAGUACAUCUGUACACUGGGGGUGGUAUGCUACCUGUCACAUUGUUCUUAGAAUCUGUCUGUGACCCCUUUCUGCACCUGUUUAGCACCUGUUUAUGUUUAUCUGCAGUUGGGCAUUUCACCCCUCACUCAUUUCUCUCUCUGGUCUGUGACCUUUAGAUUGUGUCCAAUAAGAAACUUCACCGACCACUGACCUUGGCCAAUAGCAAGCCAGCUGGGAAGGGAACCAUCACAGUGAGAACAUCAUGCUUAUAUACCUCAUUCCCACAAAGAAAUCCAAGAACCCAAGACAUGUUCGCACACACACACACACUGUUCUGUUACAUGGUGCAGUGUUACAUAGUACAACCCAGUAACAGUUUGUCUUGUGUGCAGAUAACUGCGCUGGAACUGUCAGACAAUAGAAUAAUCACACUGACAUUGUGUGGGAGAAAGCUUGACAAGAAGGUAAGAGUCAAUGCUAGUAUAUUAUAAUCCCUGUUAAGUUCUUACUUAAUAUUUGGAACAACAAUAAGAUUUUGUCUAUUUACAUUUUACAUUUGAGUUAUUUAGCAGAGUCAUAGUAAGUUAUUUAUCACAAUCAUAGUAAGUAUAUUUUUCCUCAAAGUAGCUAUCAGCAAAGUCAGAGAUAGUAAGGGGGAAAAAAGUAAAGUGCGAGUGUUAGUUCACAAAAGUUUAUUUGUAUUUUUAUAGUGGUAUGCUGGCAGCUAUGUGGGCCAUUGUCAAACCAGAUUGUUUUGUUUUGUAGGAUUUAUUUGGUAAAUCAGACCCCUACCUAGAGUUCCACAAGCAAGGAGAUGAUGGGAAAUGGAUGUUAGUCCACAGGACAGAGGUGAGUUGGUCGGCGGUGGCUGUUUAGACUAUUUAAAUGUCAACACUGCAGAACUGAGUGUAUUAUAUCACUAAACAAGGUGUCUUACCACCUGCUGACAACAGUAACUGGAUAGACCUGGAUUGGCUUCUGAGUUCUGUAAAUCAAGUGACAUGGAAUAAGCUUUCUCUCUGUACCUGUUUUUGUGCUGCAGGUGAUAAAGAACACUCUGGACCCGGUAUGGAAGCCCUUCACAGUACCACUCAUCUCCCUCUGUAACGGGGACGUGGACAGGAGCAUCAAGGUGAGUAAGGUUUAUCAAAAUGUGCAUUCAUCUGAGGGAGAUGGCAUGAAAAUGUUAGCAACGGAAUCCCCCUUUAGAAACAGUAUGUAAAAAGCCAAACAAGUUAUUUAUUGUGGUAUUACUGUAUGUUGUCUCGUAUUACAGGUACUGUGCUAUGAUUACGACAACGACGGAGGCCAUGACUUCAUUGGAGAGUUUCAGACCACUGUCAACAAGAUGAGUGAAGCCCAAAAUUCACUGGAGGUGAGGGAGGGAUUUGAGAGCUGCUCCAGUUUAUCUAUGGGGGUUUGUUCUGCAUGCUUUAGUCUGCUUUGAUGUGGAUCAAAGACAAUGUUCACAUUGUCUCCACUCUCAAUGUACUCCUCACUGUGAGUGGAUUACUCACUUAAGACACUGCAGUUAACACAGCUCACCAUUUCUGAAUGGAGGACGCCUGUUCAUUUGGAUAUUCACAAGUGUUUAUUUACGACCUUGUUUUUUAGCCUGUCCGCACCUAGAGAGAGAAGUAUAGAAACUGCUCUGUAUUUGACUUCAGUUUUUGGCUCCUGACUUCCUGUUGAAAACCUUGUGCCAUUAGCUAAUUGCAGAAAUGCAAAUACAGCCGAUGUGAGAAAUAGUGUAAAUUGCGUGGGUGUGCAGAUGGGUCCCAGUUGUAUUUUCUCACUCUGUGUUCCUCUUGUCCAGGUCGAAUUUGAAUGCAUUAAUCCCAAGAAACAGAAGAAGAAAAAGAGCUACAAAAACUCUGGAAUCAUCAUUCUGAAGUCAUGCAAGGUGAACCAAAACACAUAGAGACUAAUAUAUAUAUACUGUACUCUAUUCCUCUUAAUGACCACUGAGUCAACCCACUUUGGCAACCGCAAAAAGCAUAUUAAGGCUAAAAGGAAACAGCUUUAUUUUAUUUUAUUAUGAAUGCACAUUAAAGCCGUAUGCACACAGAUAAUGACUUUCCUUCAUAAUAGAUUGUUUUAUUACAAACAAAAAUGCCUGUAAUUGUGGCUUUGCUGCAGGCAGUGAUUAGAGCAAUGGCUCAAAUCCCUGUUAAAUGCAUUUAUUAACAUCAGCACAAAACACCUGUCAGUCUCACACAGUCAACCAGGGGCUGCCUGCAGUAAUCACCUUUGUUCAGGCAGCCAAUUACUGAAUAUGGAGAUGACUCAAUCCUAUCAAAGAGCCUCUUCCGUGCCUUCUCCAAUUAUUUGUCUAUAGGAAAAAUAAUUUGAACUUGCUACAGUAUGGAUGGAAGGGUAUGAGUAGAGUUAGAAUUAACUUUGAAUACUGUCUCCUCAGGUUGAAAGGGACUAUACCUUCCUGGACUAUAUUUUAGGUGGAUGCCAAAUCAUGUUCACUGUGAGUAUGUCAUCACUCAACUCAGUGUGUCUCCCACUUUUACCUGUAAACUCUGACCCUGUACUCCAACUCUCUACCUGUAAACACUGACCCUGUACUCCCACUCUCUACCUGUAAACUCUGACCCUGUACUCCCACUCUCUACCUGUAAACUCUGACACUGUACUCCCACUCUCCUAGUGGCCGGUUAUUUUAAUGCAGGAAAACUGAAAUCCAUUUUGCCUCAUUUCUACCAGCAUGUCACCUGUGCAACUACAGGCAAAAUAACUCUACAUCACCUUUACUCCACACACAGAGAACCAUACAAAGCUCUCCCUCGCCUUCCAUUUGGCAAAUCUGACCAUAACUCUAUCCUCCUGAUUCCUGCUUACAAGCAAAAACUCAAACAGGAGGUAUCAGUGACGCGCUCAAUACAGAAGUGGUCCGAUAAAGCGGAUGCUAUUCUACAGGACUUUCGCUAGCACAGCCUGGAAUAUGUUCCGGGACUCAUCCGAUGGCAUUGAGGAGUUUACCACAUCAGUCACCGGCUUCAUUAAUAAGUACAUUGACGACGUCGUCCCCACAGUGACCAUACGUACAUAUCCCAACCAGAAGCCAUGGAUUACAGGCAACAUCCGCACUGGGGCUAAAGGCUAGAGCUGCCACUUUCAAGAAGUGGGACACUAACCCGGACGCUUAUAAGAUAUCCCGCUACGCCCUCUGACAAACCAUCAAACAGACAAAAUUUCAAUACAGGACUAAGAUCGAAUCCCUCUACACCGGCUCUGAUGCUCGCCGGAUGUGGCAGGGCUUGAAAACUAUAGCGGAUUACAAAAGGAAACCCAGUCGCGAGCUGCUCAGUGACGUGAGCCUACCAGUCGAGCUAAAUGCCUUCUAUGCUCGCUUCGAGGCAAGCAACACUGAACCAUGCGUGAGCGCACCAGCUGUUCCAGAUGACUGUGUGAUCACGCUCUCCGUAGCCGAUGUGAGCAAGAUCUUUAAACAGGUUAACAUUCACAAGGCCGCAGGGCAUGAAGGAUUACCAGGACACGUACUCAGAGCAUGUGCUGACCAGCUGGCAAGUGUCUUCACUGACAUAUUCAACCUCUCCCUGACCCAGUCUGUAAUACCUACAUGUUUCAAGCAGAUCACUAUAGUCCCUGUGCCCAAGAACGCCGAGAUAACCUGUCUAAAUGACUAUCGCCCCAUAGCACACACAUUUGUAGCCAUGAAAUGCUUUGAAAGGCUGCUCAUGACUCACAUCAACACCAUCAUCCCAGACACCCUGGACCCACUACAAUUCGCAUAACGCCCCAACAGAUCCACAUAUAACGCAAUCUCUAUUGCACUCCACACUGCCCUUUCCCACUUGGACAAAAGGAACACCUACAGUAUGUGAGAAUGCUGUUCAUUGACUAAAGCUCAGUGUUCAACACCAUAGUUCCCUCCAAGCUCAUCACUAUGCUAAGGACGCUGGGACUGAACACCUCCCUCUUUAACUUCUCCAACUAGAUCCUGGACUUCUUGACGGGACGCCCCCAAGUGGUGAGGUUAGGCAACAACACAUUCGCCACGCUGACCUCUCAACAUGGGGGCCCCUCAGGGGUGGGUGCUUAGUCCCCUCCUGUCACUGGCAUAAUGCAGUUUCUCUGGACCUCCGCAAGGUUGAAGUUUAGACUACCGAUCGCUGUCCAUGGUGCUGAAAUGUCUAUGCGGCUUCGAAUCGAUGAUAGGCUUUCUGUGGUGCCAGGGCUUAGCUUUGCUUUAGCUAAUGGAUAAAUGUUUAUUGGUAGGCCUAUUUGGUCAUCAUUUUCUCGUGUUAAGCCUAACAUUUCACGAAGCUAUACACAGUGUUGCAAUGCUGCCAUUUUUAGACUGCUGGCUGACUUGUUCAGUAAUUAAAGUUGGAAAUUCAAACAUUGCAUACUGUAAAAUAAAUGUUCGAUGCAACAGCAUACUAAUCAGCUACCAAUAGUUAUUUUUUUUGAAUAUACGACUGUCCUGUAUAGGCUACCUGAACCUGCAUGACAUGAGCCGUCCUCGCGCUCUCUCCCAGCUUGGAUAGAAAGUUGUGUGUAAAACCAGUCUAUUAAUGCCAAAUAAUACAUUCAGUUCACCCUCAAAACACUAGCUUACUAGGGAUUGUUUCAUUAUGCAGUGUACUAUCUAUAGCUAUAUACCAUAUGUAGCUGUUAUUUAUAAACGUUUUAUAAAAAUGGACACAUCAAAUAGCCAAACAAUGAGGAAACGAUAGUUGGCUUGAGAAUAAAUUCAGACACUAUUUAUUUUUGAACUCAGUGGGUUUUGUCUGGCUGAUAGCCUACACAAAUGGGCUGCAAUAUUCAAGGGAAAUUAAAUCCAAUUAAAUCAGAUUUGAGAGACUCCCCUGGUGUCCUGAAGUCCUCCUUUUGUGUGUGGAAAUGUUUUCACCACGGUCUGUAGGUCCAGGUGCCUGACUGUUUUCUAUACUGAGUAUUGCCAACCCAGACUUUCCUGAGACAUUGUGCAUUAUAUGUCCAUUGCGCUGCACACAAUUUAAACUUAGUCUUGUAUGAUGCAUGCCAAGAUAUACCAGAGAUAAGGGACUGUUGAUAUUGCAACCACAAAACUCAAACACCGGUUCACCAGUAUGAACGAAAUCACAAACAGCUUUUUUUGUUCAAGCCCUCAAGAACUGUUGUAACUGAUUUCUAUACAGUUAAUCUCUUUCUGUAACGUGUUGAGGCCGGCAAUUAAGGAGAAUGAGAGGUUCAAUUAAAGAUGUUACAGAACUGCUGUAUUUGAAGCACAACUCUCUUCUGCCCAGUUUCCCUGAUGUUGCUAUGGCAAUCAUGCUGUUUUUACCAUCCCUGAAUCGCUUCUGCGGAGAGAUCAUUUUCUAAACUAAAACUCCCUAAGAUCUACCUAAGAAGCAUUAGGCUCUCGGUCUGAUAUGCGCUUUUGAACACCUGAGUAAGCUCCACUCAUUGCACUAGCUCCGUCGUAGCCUUGACCAUGGCAUUUGUUCACCGAUAUUCCCUCAUACUUUCAAUCAGUUUAUUUUUCACUUUUUCAGUCACAUUCCUGAAGCCCAAGAAACAAACACUUACUUUAUGGAAAUUAAAAAGGUUUAUGAAUGACUUUUUGGCGGGUUACUGUCAAAAUGAAAUUAAUAAAAAAUAGACAUCGAUGACAGGCGCAUUGGCCCCCAGAACCCGUGAGCCCCCCCGCCUUGCGGGGGCUGUCCGGUAUGCCAGUGCCUGCUGUACUCCCUGUUCACCCACGACUGCACCCAGGCCUGAUCACUAACGACGAUGAGACAGCCUAUAGGGAGGAGGUCAGCGACCUGGCAUUGUGGUGCCAGUACAACAACCUCUCCCUCAUAGUCAGCAAGACAAAGGAGCUGAUCGUGGACUAAAGGAAACGGAGGGGCGAGCACGCCCCCAUUCACAUCGGCGGGGCAGUAGUGGAGCACGUCGAGAGCUUCAGGUUCCUCAGAGUCCACAUCACUAAGGAUCUAUCAUGGUCCAAACACACCAACACAGUCAUGAAGAUGGCACGACAAAGCCUCUUACCCCUCAGAAGGCUGAAAAGAUUUGGCAUGUGUCCUCAGAUCCUCAAAAAGUUAUACAGCUGCACCAUUGAGAACAUCUUGACUGGCUGCAUCACCGCUUGGUAUGGCAACUGCAUCCGACCGCAAGGUGCUACAGAGGGUAGUGCGUACGACCCAGUACAUCACUGGGGCCGAGCUUCCUACCAUCCAGGACCUCUAUACCAGGUGGUGACAGAGGAAUGCCUUACAAAUUGUCAGACUCCAGCCACCCAAGUCAUAGACUGUUUUCUCUGCUACCGCAUGGCAAGCGGUACCGAUGCGGUACGACAAGUCUGUAACCAACAGGACCCUGAACAGCUUCUACCCCCAAGCCACAAGACUGCUUAAUAGUUAGUCCAGGUAGCUUUUUGUUAACUAUUUAACUAUCUGCAUUGACCCUUUUUGCAAUAACUUGUAUAUAGCCAAGUUACAGUGCCUUGCAAAGGUAUUCAUACCCUUGGCGUUUUUCCUAUUUUGUUGCAUUACAACCUGUAAUUUAAAUGGAUUUUUAUCUGGAUUUCAUGUAAUGGACAUACACAAAAUAGUCCAAAUUGGUGAAGUGAAUUUAAAGAAAUAACUUGUUUCAAAACAUUCUACAAAAUAAAUAACGAAUAAGUGGUGCGUGCAUAAGUAUUCACCCCCUUUGCUAUGAAGCCCAUAAAUAAGAUCUGGUGCAACCAAUUACCUUCAGAAGUCACAUAAUUAGUUACAUAAAGUCCACCUGUGUGCAAUCUAAGUGUCACAUGAUCUAUCACAUGAUCUAAGUAUAUAUACACCUGUUCUGAAAGGCCCCAGAGUCUGCAACACCACUAAGCAAGGGGCACCACCAAGCAAGCGGCACCAUGAAGACCAAGGAGCUCUCCAAACAGGUCAUGGACAAAGUUGUGGAGAAGUACAGAUCAGGGUUGGGUUAUAAAAAAUAUCCUAAACUUUGAACAUCCUACGGAGCACCAUUGAAUCCAUUUUCUUUUAAAUGGAAAGAAUAUGGCACCACAACAAACCUGCCAAGAGAGGGCCGCCAACCAAAACUCACGGACCAGGCAAGGAGGGCAUUAAUCAGAGAGGCAACAAAGAGACCAAAGAUAACCCUGAAGGAGCUGCAAAGCUCCACAGUGGAGAUUGGAGUAUCUGUCCAUAGGACCACUUUAAGCCGUACACUCCACAGAGCUGGGCUUUACGGAAGAAUGGCCAGAAAAAAGCCAUUGCUUAAAGAAAAAAUAAGCAAAAACGUUUGGAAUUCGCCAAAAGGCAUGUGGGAGACUCCCCAAACAUAUGGAAGAAGGUACUCUGGUCAGAUGAGACUAAAAUUUAGCUUUUUGGCCAUCAAGGAAAACGCUAUGUCUGGCGCAAACCCAACACCUCUCAUCACCCUGAGAACACCAUCCCCACAUUGAAGCAUGGUGGUGGCAGCAUCAUGCUGUGGGGAUGUUUUUCAUCGACAGGGACUGGGAAACUGGUCAGAAUUGAAGGAAUGAUGGAUGGCGCUAAAUACAGGGAGAUUCUUGAGGGAAACCUGUUUCAGUCUUCCAGAGAUUUGAGACUGGGACGGAGGUUCACCUUCCAGCAGGACAAUGACCCUAAGCAUACUGCUAAAGCAACACUCAAGUGGUUUAAAGGGAAACAUUUAAAUGUCUUGGAAUGGCCUAGUCAAAGCCCCGACCUCAAUCCAAUUGAGAAUCUGUGGUAUGACUCAAAGAUUGCUGUACACCAGCGGAACCCAUCCAACUUGAAGGAGCUGGAGCAGUUUUGCCUUGAAGAAUGGGCAAAAAUCCCAGUGGCUAGAUGUGCCAAGCUUAUAGAGACGUACCCCAAGAGAAUUGCUGCAAAAGAUGGCUCUACAAAGUAUUGCCUUUGGGGGGGUGAAUAGUUAUCCAUGCUCAAGUUGUCAGUUUUAUUGUCUUAUUUCUUGUUUGUUUGACAAUAAAAAAUAUUUGGCAUCUUCAAAGUGAUAGGCAUGUUGUGUAAAUCAAAUGAUACACACCCCCAAAAAUCAAUUUUAAUUCCAGAUUGUAAGGCAACAAAAUAUGAAAAAUGCCAAGGGGGGUGAAUACUUUCGCAAGCCACUGUAUCGCUACUCAUUGUGUACCUAUUAUUACUUUAAUUAUUAUUAUGUGUUUUAUUGUUCUAUUAUUUCUCUAUUUCUUUGUCUCUGCAUUGUCAGGAAAGGCCUGUAAGUAAGCGUUUCACUGUUAGUCCACACCUGUUGUUUACAAAGCAUGUGAGUGAUGUGACGAAUACAAUGUUAUUUGAUUAGAUUUAUGAAUGCACACUAUAAUACUGUAAAUCUUUGGAAACAUGGUACAAGUGUAGGAUCUUAAUUUGAUCACCAAACUUGUAGUGUAUUCAAGGUUUAAAAAGGCUUCCAAAGUUUUGUAAUCUCCACUUUUAAAUGUCAGACUUGAUUUGCUCUAACUAUAAAUGUGUCAACCCCUACAACAAUGUCCAUUAAUUAUAAUCCACACAACAAUUCACAUUUCCUGUUACGGCAGGAUUAUUUUCGUGCUGUGAGAACUAGUCAAAUUAAGAUCCUGCAUCUGUAGGUUCAGAUUUCUCCAUAGUAGGAGAAAAUCGUCAUUGGUCUAUUUUUGGCUCAGGCUGAUGAGAGAAAGAUUGUGCGUCCCUGGUGAUGUCACACCUUUGUGUCAGAGCUCUAUUAUUGACCAGCCAGGGUAUUUAUCUCCAAUUGUGCUGAAACAUUGUCUACCACCACCACUUACGUAUCCAUGCUACCGUGAAAUACUCAGAGAAUCUGUUCCCUUUGUGGUGCCAAAAUAUAUGCAUGAUCUAUUUUCCUAUUUUCUCAGCACCCUGGGUAUAUAAAAGUGUGAAAACAACUGUUACCAACAUGACAUGUUGUUGUAUAGAUACUUAAGUACAGACCAAGAGAGAAUGUAGACUUAGUUUUUAUUUUAUUUCAGGGGGGUAGGUAGGUAGAUCAGCUUUAAUAUUGCAGAUAGAUUUUGGGUUCUAUCAAUAUAAUUGUUUGCAUAAUUUCUAAUUCCCCUUAUUUAAAAAAUAAAUAAUGUAUUAGAAUUUUUUCCCCCAACCCUACCACCCCUCCCCUGAUUGGAGUAAACUAAUGGACAACAAUACUUCUACUGCUACUUACAGCUAUUUUCGCUCACAUGUACAGUACAUGUUGUUAAAUAAUUAUACAUUAUUCAUUUCCUCUUUCUAUGGACUUCUAUGCCCAUAUUCUGUAUAUACUUUGCAGCCACAAAAGAGCUCCACCUGUUUUUUAUUAUUCCCUGAAUUGUAACAUUAACUUUCCAUUAACGUUCCAUUCUGCCACACCUCUUUAGUUACUUGUAUGUGACCAGAUUUGUUUAUUUAUGUGGACAUUGUUCUGAUUAGCAAGCUCUAUGUGUGGUCCUGUUCAAGAAAUUAUUUUCUCCCCAUGUUAUUGUCAGAUUUUUAAAAAAAGCAAAUAGAACAUUUGUGUUGCCAUAGUUACUGUGGUUUGUGCCGAAGCUAGACUAUGUCUUUGCAGGAAUAAAAGAGGGAGAGACAGAAAACAAUAAUAGGAACAUGACUGGAGACAACCUCGAUGGUUUGGCUUUAGGUGGCUACAUCUUAUAGGUCACUCUUAAGAGACCAAGGGAUUUUGUGGUUGUACUGUAUCCAUAAUAUUGUUGUCCUUUUAGUUUACAUUUUCUAAAAACCUAGCUGCUAGGCCGGAAAUUUGCAAUGAAUCCUGACAGUUUUACUAAAUGUAUCCCAUUUUAAAAGAGGAGGUACUACAAUUUCUACUGGGACAAAUUAUAUUUAUGUAUUAAAAAAAUAUGUUCAAAAUACCAGUAAGAUCAUAACACCUUAAUCAUCUACCUUAAUCCACUAUGAUAAUUCAAAUUAUUUCAAGAGUUCACACCUGCAUGUUAUAAUUCAGUCAAGAUCGGUGUUUGAGAAGGAAUGUGAAUCUAAAUCCUCAAAGGUGCAUCCUACAGUUCUCUUAAUCUGAUUUAUUUUGUCAGAGCUCUUUGAGUUGUCUCACAGAGAAAGCGGUUCUCUCUCUCUCCGUUCCACGGCAUUGAAUCAGAUUUAGCAUGCACCUAAUCCUAAUCUGUUAGAGGAGAAAUCUUCUCUACAGAGAUGCAGAUGAGAAGCGCUGCUCAUAUAUAGACUGGAACUACAGACUACAGUGUUUGCGGUAGUUGCAGGGAAAAACAUAUUGACUAUAUAACACGGCAGUAUAGCAUUGUAUUAAAAGCAGCUUUAGAGUAGUUGUCAAACUAGCCUACAGGUCAGGCCUGCGGUGUGGAGCGGUGCUUAGUAGACCAGUGUUAAGACUUGUAGUCAUCCAUGAGGUCAUCUGAUUGUACAUUAGGUUGUUAUCUCAGCACCGACCAGCCCUAUCAGAACCCUGUACCCAGGGUUAAAGACAUGGUUAAGAAACAGAGGGGUCAUUCAUCUGGACUAAAUUGAGGUAAAGCUGAAGAUUUGAGUCAAUUCCCUGCUCAUGCAGAGUAGCAGCACACUCAUCACAUUGCUUAGGGCUUGAUUGAGACGCAGGGGAUCAGGCAUAUGAAGUGGCACCCUGAUUCUGUCAGAUCGUAUCUCUCUCUCCCUUUCCCUCUCUUUCUCUCUUUCUCUCCCUCUCUUUCUCUCUUUAUCUCUCUUCUCUUUCUCUCCUCACCUUGUCCAUCUAUUGUCCAAUAGAGGCUGUCCAGUUGUCAGCCACAGCUUUGGUAGGAACUGGAGGAGAUCUGAGUAGCAGCCAUGCUCUUUGAUAGGAUUGUUGGUUAAAGGCAGUAGCAUGGACUGGAUGAGGAUGUGGGCUUGUUGGUGUGUGAACGCUUGGACUCACCGCCUCAGGGAGGGCUUGUUAGUUGAAAUAUUUGAGUUAAUUAGCAUGCUUAUAUUGUAACCAUCUUAAAUUAAGUCACUUUGCCUGAGGACAAUAUCCUGAAAAAGGGCUCUCUAGGAUUCACUGGAAUCUUUUUCUAUGCUCCACAUCUUUGUUCAUAUUUUAAGCUGGUUUAUAGGCUUUGUUUGUGUUUGUUAGCAUGUCUGUCUUCUGUCUUGCUGUUCCUGUAGGUUGGCAUUGACUUCACAGCAUCUAAUGGGAACCCUCGGGAGGCCUCCUCUCUUCACUACAUCAACCCUUUGGGCAGCAACGAGUACUUGUCCGCCAUCCUGGCUGUGGGCCAGAUCAUCCAGGACUAUGACACGUGAGUCCCAUUAGUGUAAACAGUAAUGACAGAACUCAAUAUGAUCAAAUCACAGAUAAAUAAAGUCUUCUAUUUUAUACAUCACAGUCUUAAGUCACUAAAAGGUCCCUUCAACUCUUCUAAUUCUGUGUCUACUCAGUCAUAUUCUUUAUGUCACUCAUUGUUUCUGAUAAAGAACCAUCCCAAGUUUAUUGAGAUGUUCCAUAAUGCAAAAUUGGAUGUUGAUUUUUGCUGAAGUUGCUUUUUACUCAUCACUGCCAAACUGUUGCCCUCCUUCCUCAGUGACAAAAUGUUUCCUGCUCUGGGAUUUGGGGCUCAACUCCCUCCAGACUGGAAAGUAAGUGUAUGUACUGUCUACAUGUGAGGGUGUGUCUUCACGGCACACUACAUAUGAUAGAAGUAGAGCCGAAAAGAAUGCUAAAGAGAAGAGGGAGACUGGAAGACAGAGGUAUCACGGAGUAUGUAUAAUACAUGCAUAUUCCAAUAAUUAUGCAACUGUCAUCCCAUCUGGGUUGCCAUGGCACUGCACUGAUGUAAAGGACAACGGAAUGAGGAGGGUGAGCAACAGAAAUGGACAGAAUAUUUAGCCUUGCGUUCAUAUACUUUAUGGGAAGUGUUUAGGGAGGUUAAAUCCAUCAGUGGUCUGAGAGGACUAGAGGAAGUAGAGGAAGGAGAGGUUGAAAAAAUUGGAAUGAAAGGGCACUGCAGGGAUGGGAAUGUGUAAUGGAAUUGGAGAGGAGGAAAGCAAGAAAGAAUAGAUAAUGUGAAGCAGUGGGAAGGGAGGAAGAGAAAAUGCUUGUCACAUGAUUCACUGCUUUUCCCACCUGCUACAAUCAUACAAUGGAAAUGCAUAUUUCUACUGCACCCACAUUCCUCUACAGUCUCUCUUACAGCCAUUGGAAAUUCUCAAUGUACAAUUUCUGCACCUGAGGCUUGGUUUUUGUCUCCUGAACCUGCAGGUGUCUCAUGAAUUUGCCAUCAACUUUGACCCCACCAAUCCAUUCUGCCAAGGUGAGCAACUACUAUGUUUUCUGUAACCCCUAUUAAAAACCUUAUUACAAUGUACUUACUGCAGGCUGCACUUACUAGGGUUUGUUUCUUGCUUUAUCCAUGGAGUGGGUAUUAUUUCUAAUUUAUUUGAAAACUACCCUCUGUCUGCUGGUGAAUGUGCUGGUUUGUGCUGGUUUCCAUGUGUGAUUCCUGUUUCCUGUGGUCAGGCGUGGAUGGGAUUGCCCAGGCCUACUCUGCCUGCCUGCCUCACAUCCGCUUCUAUGGCCCCACCAACUUCUCCCCCAUCAUCACCCAUGUGGCCCGCUUCGCCACCCAGGCCCUGCAACAGGAGACUGCU